AUGUUCCGGUUGUUGUAUACCCCCCAUGACGAUCUAAACCCUGUCGUUGGGAAUUCAAUUUGGAUUGAUUGUGAUCCUUGUUUGUCGAGCGUCGGACACGCACCAAAAUGUCUUCCCUUCCACCCGGGGCAGCUCUUGCAAGCACAGUUACUUCGGUUUGUCUCCAAAUCAUCAUUUUCACCGAUCACAAUGCUCACCUCUGAUGUAAAGGUCGCUGCACUUGGUUUUGUACCUGUUGCCGUGCAUUUUGAUCUCUUUGACACUUUGGCAAAGAUCGAGGGCCCAGCGAGCGGAGAAGAUGUUCUGGUCGCUUACAGAAGUAGCAAGGGUGAUAAGGCUGAAGAUAAUGUGCCAUGUGUGUCUCAUAUCUUCUCCACCCUGAAAAGCAGUCACCUCUAA